AUGAACUGCAGCAGACUGAAUUCCAUCAGGAUCCGGAGUGUUCUGGUUCAUGCUUUUCUCACACUGAUUUCCUCUUUUGCUUUUGGGAUACCCGACGAGUUAUCCCAUCAGUUAUCUGGAAAUGUCAAAGGAAAGAUCAUUUUCCGUCAAAUGGAAGGGAAUGCAACAUACUUGCGGGAUAAUGGGAAGUUGGCAUCUUACAUACCCACCGUGGUUUCAUUUGAGCACUUUGACCCGAGGCAUACCCUGCACUCUAUCACGUUCAUAUACACAUGGGACUUAGGCAAUGGGGAAGUGCGUAAAGGCCCAGAGCCUUUUGUGACGUAUCACUACACUUUACCAGGGAACUAUACAUUUCAACUGAGCAUUGAAGCCAGUACUCCCCAGCAUUCCAGAAUAACUGGGCUGUACUCUGUAGAUUUGACUGUGCUAGAUGCCAUAAAGAGCAUUAAAUUUAGUGGACCUUUUACCUAUAACGUGGACCAGAGCAGCAGUCUGUCCUUUCAGGUUGGAGGAAGUCCUCCGGUUUGGCUGUGCUGGAGAGUUUUGUCUGAUUGCCACACACCCACUCCUACUUCCUGCAAUUUAGUCCGGCUCUAUGGGAACCAUUUCAAUCUGAACUACACCUUCAGAUCAGUUGGAACAUAUUGCUUAGACCUGAGUGUGAGGAAUAUUAUCAGCGACCUCCAGACAUCCUACAACAUCUAUGUGCAGAGCAGCCCUGUGAGUCUCUUCUUCAUAUUGCCCUGUGCUGCAGUGAUAAUUGCUACUCUCAUAUUCAUCGCUGUGACAGUGAUUCGUCCAAAACAGCAAUCCCUCCUGUCUAAGGCUCUGAUGGCAGAUAUGAACUAUCUUUCCUUCACAGAAAUCGAGCUGCAUGCCAAAGAUGCUUCAGUCCCCUUACAGGAUAAUUCUCCUGCUUCUAAAACAAAUGAAGCCCAGCCCCUUCUUCAACAGUCAGAGACUUCCUACAGCACCCAACCCUGAUUGCCCUGUCUACAUUACACUUGACGUAUUCAUUAAAAUCAGCCUGUCAGUGUUAA